CGAAGAAAAUUUGUUCUAUGUUUGAAAUUAUUUUAAAUAUUCAAAUCUACGUAUGAAACGAUUUUAAAUCUCUGAAUUCGAGAUGCAUGUUAUUUUUCCCUUGAUUAAGCACAGCUGUGUUCUAAAAAGUAAAGCUUUGACUAGAAAUUGUAAAUUUAACUGUCGAAGAAAAUUUGUUCCAUGUACGAAAUGAUUUUAAAUAUUUAAAUCUACGUAUGAGACGAUUUUAAAUGCAUCUCUGAAUUCGAGAUGCAUGUUAUUUUGUUCCUUGACUAAGCGGUGUUCUAAAAAAUAGAGCUUUGGCUAGAAAUUGUAAAUUUAACUGUCGAAGACAAUUUGUUCCAUGUAUGAAACGAUUUAAAAUCUCUGAAUUCGAGAUGCAUGUUAUUUUUCCCUUGAUUAAGCAUAGCUGUGUUCUAAAAAGUAAAGCUUUUACUAGAAAUUGUAAAUUUAACUGUCGAAAAAAAUUUGUUUCAUGUACGAAACGAUUUUAAAUAUUUAAAUCUACGUAUGAAACGAUUUUAAAUCUCAGAAUUUGAGAGGCAUAUUAUUAAGCAUAACUUUCUGAAAAAUAGAGCUUCGUUCAAAUAACUAAAAAUUGUAAAUUUAACUGUUGAAUGAGCAUUUCUACUUUUAUCAUUAUUGUAGGCUCAAAGAAUUUUAAAACACACAAAUAUAUUGUUAUACAAGUAGAUUAACGUAUGUUUAUAAAAAUAUUUAAUGCGGUACAGCAAGGAUCAGUAAAUUCAAUUUAAUAUAAACAGUAUUCUCACGCUCUAUCAUAUUUCAACAUUUGUGCGUCGUGACUGCGUGUGUACGCAAUUUCGAGAACCUUAUAUUGUUACAAACUUUCUUCCGUUAUCUCCGCGUUAGAACGAACAAACCGUGAUCAGUUCGCCGACAGCAGCCGACAGACGCGCGCACUUCGAGGUUCGAGUGCCGGGUCUGUAAUUAGCGUAGCUUCGCUCGCGCUAAGAUAUCCCUGACGCCGAGCAUAUAUGCGUCCAGCCGAGCGAUGGACGAGCCCGUUGCGACGACCGAAAAAUCGAAGAAGAUAGAAGCCAUAAACAAAGACACGAUCCACCACAUCUGCUCCGGCCAGGUGGUGCUCGACCUUGCGAUCGCGAUCAAGGAGCUGGUGGAGAACAGUUUGGACAGCGGUGCCACGGUGGUCGACGUCAAGCUCACCGAUUAUGGUAAAACGUGCAUCAGCGUCAGUGACAACGGUAGCGGCGUUCUGGAGCAGGACUUCGAAGGCUUAGGCUUGAAACACCACACCUCGAAGCUUCGGGAGUUCACGGACCUGACCGAGGUAAAUACAUUUGGCUUCCGCGGCGAAGCGUUGAGCUCGCUGUGCGCCCUGUCCGAGCUGAGUGUCGUCACCAGGCACGCGUCGUGCGAGCACGGCUUCAAACUGGAGUUCGACCGGAGCGGCGUGCUCGCGAGGAGGGAACCGUGCGCCAGGGAAAGAGGCACCACGGUGCACGCGAGGAACAUAUUCAAGAAUCUGCCCGUGCGAGCGAAGGAGUUUGAGAAGAACCUGAAGAGGGAGUACGCGCGAGCUCUCCAGGUCUUGUACAGCUACUGCCUGGUCUCCACCGGCGUCAAGAUCACGUGUUCCAAUGCGACGGCGGGGAAAUCGCCCAGUCUGGUCGUGGCGACGAGGAACACCGACGACGUGCUGGACAACGUGAGCUCUGUGUUCGGCAAGAAGUCCCUGGACGGGGUUGCCAGGCUCGAAUUGCAACCGCCGGACGAGACGGUGCUGCAAGAAUACAGUUUGCCCAGUGACGCCGCGAUAGACUUCGAUUGGGAAUGUUACGUGAGCACUUGCGAGCACACGGCUGGACGGUCCUCGCCCGACCGACAGUUCUUCUACGUCAACGGUCGGCCGUGCGACCUCACGAAGAUCGGUAGACUGAUCAACAGCGUGUACCACAGGUACAACAGCAAGCAGUACCCGUUUGUCUUUUUCAAUAUCAAAUUAGAUCGGCAGUGCGCCGACGUUAACGUCACUCCCGACAAGAGGACAAUAUUUGUCACGCAGGAGCGCCUCGCGCUAGCGACGCUCAAGCACAGUUUAACGACCAAGUGGGACAAGCUGCAAGGUAAUUUUACGGUCAAGACUUUAACGGAAUUGAAUUUCGGCCUGAAAAGGACAAUCUCGCCCAGUCGCGCGCACCCGCCGGCUAAGAGAUUGCAGGCGUCACCUUCGGCGGCGCAUACCGCGAGGGAGAAGGAUAUUCAGACUAACAUUAAGUCCAUGAAAAAGCCCGUGGAUGUAGAAAUGGUGAUCAGUGCGGUGACGAUAAGAGAAAAAUUACACGAGAGAAAGAAUGUUGCUGGAGCACCUGCCAGUACAGCUAAAAGGGUAAAAUAUAGAGUACAAAUGGAUGCUAAUCAAGGCGAGGCUGAAAAAGAACUGCAAAGAGAAUUGACGAGAGAUUCAUUCGGCGAGAUGGAGAUAAUAGGUCAAUUUAAUCUUGGUUUCAUAAUAGCUCGCUUAGAGGAUGAUCUAUUUAUCAUCGAUCAGCACGCCACCGACGAAAAGUUUCGCUUCGAGAAGCUCAGCAACGAAACGAAGCUGAAAACUCAAAAGCUCAUUGUAUCGAAACCGUUAAAUUUCUCUGCGCUGAACGAGACUAUAGUUAUAGAACAUCAGCAAACGUUCGAAGACAAUGGGUUUACCUUCAAUAUCAAUGAGCACGCUGAACCUGGCAGGAAGAUAGAGUUGAUAGGAAUGCCUGUCAGCGGUAAUUGGCAGUUUGGCCAGGAGGAUAUCGAGGAAUUGGUAUUUCUUAUCAGAGAAGCGGGCAACGAAAACAAGGAAAGGCAUAUUUAUCGCCCGAGCCGUGUCAGGCAGAUGUUGGCGUCCAGAGCAUGUCGCGGCGCGGUCAUGAUCGGCACGGCGUUAAACGCGAGCGAGAUGCAGAGGCUGGUGACGCAGAUGGCACAAAUGCAGAAUCCAUGGAACUGUCCGCACGGGCGGCCCACCAUGAGACACCUGUUAUCCUUACUACUAAUAAACAAAUAAUCUGUGAUAUUUUGACAAACGUACAAAGACACUUGUGUUUACGCA